AAAUGGCAGGAUUACUACAAGUCAGGGAUAAUCCGCUGUCCUGAUGGAGUUUCCAUUCCUGAGCUGCGGGAGGCAUGUGACUACCUCUGCAUUUCCUUCAACUACAGCACCAUCAAGUGCAGAGACCUCAGCGCCCUGAUGCACGAGCUGUCCAACGACGGGGCGCGUCAUCAGUUCGAGUGCUACCUGGAGGAGAUGGUGCUGCCGCUGAUGGUGGCGAGCGCUCAGAGCGGAGAGAGGGAGUGUCACGUGGUGGUGCUGACAGACGACGACGUGGUGGACUGGGACGAGGAGUACCCUCCUCAGAUGGGGGAGGAGUACUCGCAGAUCAUCUACAGCACCAAACUCUACCGCUUCUUCAAAUACAUCGAGAACAGAGACGUGGCCAAAUCAGUUCUGAAAGACCGAGGACUGAAGAAGAUCCGUCUGGGGAUCGAAGGAUAUCCGACCUACAAAGAGAAGGUGAAGCGGCGUCCCGGAGGUCGUCCAGAGGUCAUCUACAACUACGUCCAGCGUCCCUUCAUCCGCAUGUCCUGGGAGAAGGAGGAGGGGAAGAGCCGUCACGUGGACUUCCAGUGCGUCAAGUCCAAGUCCACCACCAACCUGGCCGCGGCCGCCGCAGACAUCCCCCAGGACCAGCUGGUGGUGCUGCACCCUCCGGGGCCGCAGGUGGACGAGCUGGACACUCUGCCGCCCGCCAACGACCCCCACCAGCCGGCGCCCGGGCAGUGGGCGGAGAACAACCCGACCCCUCAGCUAGUGCAGGCGCACGAGGGCCUGAACCAACAGGCUCAGGACAGUCCGAGCCAGGCGGCGCUCAGCCUGGCCCACGGUAACCAGCAGCACGGCAACAGCCACACUCAGGCCACAUACCACUACGAGCCGGACCCCGACUCACCGUCGCCCUCUGCAUGAGACCGGUGCACACCUCCCCCGACCCUCCGCUCCCGUGUUCACACUGUCUCCAACGAGUGUUUUAGUUUACGCAGUUUCACAAAGUUUAGAGUCACAGCGAGAGAAACAGGAAACACCGACACAAACGACAAACUCCUCGUCUCUCGGCUUUGAAUCGCUUGUUGUUUUCAGCGUGAACACAAACGUUGUUCCUUCACCACCCCAUCCCCCMCCCCCCCCCCACCCCCCCAUCACGUUUACGCUCAUCUCUCCUCCCCGGUGGCGAAACACCACUUUGCCUUCUGUCGCAGCCUUUUCUCACACACAGCGUCCGAAUGAACGAGGACGGAUAAAAGCACAUCAGCAGCCUGCUCUCGUCAUUCAGUUCGAUUUCUCUGAGCGGAGGAGAGUCUCAUUCAGUUCACGUUCAAAGACAGAGUACUGUAUUUAGUGUGUGUGUGUGUGUGUUUGUGUGUGUGUUUGUGUGUUUGUGUGUGCGACAGCUGUGAGAUUUCUUUAUAAAGAGUUUUUUUUAAUGGAUGAGGAUUUUUUUUAUGUUUCGCUCCGUCUGUUGUUUGUCUCUGUCUCUUAAAUUUGGUUCCUAGUUUUUGUUGUACUCCUUUUUUUUUCCACUUAUUUAAUAUUACUGUUGUUUUUAAUUUUGCUCUGUAAACUCUGCACAGGUUCAUCAGCUCUGCUGUGAGCUCACAGGAUGUCAGAAAACACGUUUUUCUAAUAAAGAGAAUUCACAACAA